AUGCAUCGCCAACCAUGGCCCACGACUCGUCCGCCUGUCCAGGUUCAGCUACAGGACCGAGACAACGCUACUGCCUUGAUCAAUGCGAACAGUGUCCGUCAUAAUGCCGGAAUAUCACUCCAGGGUAAACACUUCGACGCCAUAUCCUUCCCCUCCACGACCUCCACCACAACUCCAGCCUCCAAGAAGUCAAACGACGAGGUUGAAAGUCACAGCCAGACUGCGAGUGUCACUAGCAGCAGAUUUGCAACACCAGCUUCAGGACCCACAGUCGGCUCUAUCAACCCCUUCGAUCUAUCUACAACCUCUUCAAGUACGCCUCGCCAUGUUCUCAUUCGCGUGGAUGGUGAUGCCGGCUCCUACCUCGAUAGUGUCACUGGCCAACCGGCAUUUCAGGAACAGAAUCUCCCUUCGGAGUUAAAUGGCUCAUUGUCGGUUAGUAACGGGGACCCGAUUCAGACGGGCUGGAGUGUGGACUAUGCUGGCCUGUCCCGUACAUCCCGAGAUUAUGGCAAUGGAAUCGGCUGGCGAUUGCAGGAAGCCGAGGCCGUCGCCGACCCUCACCAGACGUGUAGUUGGCCCCGGAAAUUUGUCUGCUCAUUGUGCUCGUUACGAUGGAAUGCCGUUCCCCUACCAGCAAAAGUUAUCCGCGGCGAUGUCAGUCAGAAAGACAGGAUCGACUUAAGAAUCCCGAAUCCGACAGAUGCUAAGAGAGAUCCAACCUUCUCUCGACCCGGAUGCUCCGAAAUUGCUGAGCCGGGGUAUCUCAAAGAGAUUUACCGCUGCAUUAUGGACAACUGUGCAUUUCUAACAGACACCAGACGGGAGAUGAAGGCUCAUCUACAUUCCCCAAGAAAGAACGGCCAUAAAGCGUAUCUCACGGGCUUAGCCAAUCGCAUUGAGACUGGGCAGAUGCUCAGUGCCAUUGAUAAGGAGAUAUCGUCGCGUCUGAUGCUCAUGUUUAACGAUAGGGACGCCCGAGGACAAAAGUCCAUCUCGCAACCCAUCAACACCGUUCUGGGCCCAGAGGAUAUCAGCAGCCCCGCGGUACUACGCGAACACACGCAGUGGAUGUCCUAUCUUGGCCUGCAUACGCCCGAGCUUCACCGACGUGACUUUUUUGAUCCGAGGACAAACCAGUGGUACUACCGAGAAUACAACCUUGACGACGAUUUCGAGGACGCAUGCGAGAACACCAGGGUUAUAUCUCACGCCACCGGCCGUGCUGUAAGGACAAGCGACUUUCUUUGGCGAUAG